CUGCCCAAUCAGAGGCUUCGUCCCUCACCCGGGCUGCCACAUCAGCAAGGUCGGACGGCACCGUGACCCCCGGAGCCGCAGGCCCCAGCCCCAGGCGCGGUCCUUCUCCGGCUGGAUGGCGUGAACCCGGGGUCAGAGGUCAGAGGUCAUCUUCCCUGGGCCAGAUGCGGGGAUGCUGGAGUCGGAGGUCGCCGCCUCAAGGUCAGCUCCCGUGAUGCCCGGGUUGGAGGUCACGACCCCGGCAUCGGACGCUGUGAUGCCUGGGUCGGAGGUCACGAGCCCGGCUUUGGAGGCGGAGAUGCCGGGGUCGGAGGUCACCGCCAUGGCUUCGGACACUGUGGUGCCAGAGUCGGAGGUCACCGCCCUGGCAUCGGAUACCGUGGUGCCAGGGCCAGUGGUCACCGCCCUGGUAUCGGACACCGUGAUGCCAGGGUCGGAGGUCACCGCCCCGGCAUCGGAUACCGUGGUGCCAGGGCCAGUGGUCACCGCCCCGGUAUCGGACACCGUGAUGCCAGAGUCGGAGAUCACGGCCCUAGAGGUCGCAGCCCCGCAACCCAAGUUCGGGCCCGGAGAGGGGCCGUCCCCGCCGUGCCCACCCCCAGAGAUGCCCCUCCCGAUGCCCGGCCUGAGCUGGGAGGCGGAGUUACAACGGCCCGAAGCGCAGACCUACAUGCGUUUCAUGCUGGAACACAACUGCUACGACGCCAUGGCCACCAGCUCCAAGCUCGUCGUGUUCGACACGGCCCUGCAGAUCAAGAAGGCUUUCUUCGCCCUGGUGGCCAAUGGGCUACGAGCAGCGCCUCUGUGGGACACCAAGAAGCAGAGCUUUGUGGGGAUGCUGACGAUCUCAGACUUCAUCACCAUUCUCCACCGCUACUACAGGUCUCCCCUGGUUCAGAUCUACGAGAUCGAGGAGCACAAGAUCGAGACGUGGAGAGAGAUCUACCUGCAGGGCUCCUUCAAGCCUCUCGUGUCUCUCUCACCCCAUGACAGCUUGUUUGAGGCCGUGUACUUGCUGAUCCGCAAUCGCAUCCACCGACUGCCGGUGCUGGAUCCGGCCUCCGGCUCCGUCCUGCAUAUCCUGACCCACAAGCGGCUGCUCAAAUUCCUGCACCUCUUUGGUGCACUGCUGCCCCGGCCCCCAUUCCUGGCCCGGACCGUCCAGGCUCUGGGCAUCGGGACAUUCCGGGACUUAGCUGUGGUGUUGGACACGGCGCCCAUCUUGGCGGCGCUGGACAUCUUUGUGGAGCGGCGGGUGUCGGCCCUUCCUGUGCUCAGCCAGUCUGGGCAGGUGGUCGGCCUAUAUUCGCGCUUCGACGUCAUUCACCUGGCGGCCCAGAAGAUCUAUAACCGGCUGGACAUGAGCGUGGGCGAGGCCCUGCGGCAGCGGUCCAGCUGCCUGGAGGGGGUACUGACCUGCGGCCCGCAUGACAGCCUGGGGGACAUCAUUGACCGCAUCGCCCGGGAGCAGGUGCACCGCCUGGUGCUGGUGGACGGGGCGCAGCGACUGCUGGGCAUCGUGUCCCUCUCGGACAUCCUCCAGGCCCUCGUGCUCAGCCCCGCCGGCCUGGACUGCCUCCGCUCCUGAAGACCCCCGCCCCGGGCCCAGCCGAGCCCCCAGAACCUUCUCUGCCUCCCUCAAGCGCCCCCAGAACCUUCUCCUCACCCAGGCAGGUGGG